UGCUGCGCAUGCGCGCUCCAGGCCUUGCUUCUUCUAAUGUGCUCUUCUGUCUGCUCCACCGCCCCCUGCUGUUCACUCUGCGCCGCCCUCCUGACAUCAGGGUUCAUAAAUCAAACACAUCCAACAACUAAAAGUGACGGAGUUCAUCACUGAACACGUUCUCUCUUUAAUUGUAAUCACCUGCAUGACAUCACGCAGACGCCAGUGCCUGAGUGGAUGAACCCGGAGGCUUGCUGACGUCACACGGCUUGAACCUCUAUAUCCCGGACUGUGUCGGGGUCCCUGAACGCUGCAGCAGCUGUGAGCGGCGUCGCGUGCUCAUCAGAACUGAUUAAACUCACCUGUCGGCUCGUGCUGGAGCGUCUCUACCGGAGGACUGGACCGAGUUUACCGAGUUUUACCGUAGCUACUGGGAGUGCUGGGACCAGUUGAGGAUGCAGAAAGGCCUGAAAAAGUACUUCGUCAACAUGGACGAGUACCUGAGCAGCCUGAGCCUCUACCGGAAGAUGGUGGCGCGAGACGCCUCAAGCCUCUUCAGAGCCGUGUCGGAACAGUUGUACUACUCUCAGAACUACCAUCAGAGGAUCCGUCAGGACUGUGCUGACUUCAUGCGAACCAACCGAAGCAACUUUGAGCCGUUUGUUGAAGGUUCCUUUGAGAAAUAUCUGGAACGCCUAGAGGACCCCAAGGAGACGGUGGGCCUGGUGGAGAUCAAGGCUCUGUCCCAGCUCUACAGGCGCUGUUUCCUGAUCUACCGUUACCCGGGGAAACCAGCCACCGUGAUCUCAGAGGAGGACUGUGUUGACAAGGUGACGCUUUGUUGCUCCAUCAAUGGUCACUAUGACAUUGUUUACCCGAGGACUUACCCUGUUUCUGCUGCCAUCUGUCAGUCUCUUUUCUACGAGCUGCUCUACACUCAGGUGUUUGGGUUUGAGGAGGCGGAGCUCUGUCAGGCAAUGGAGGCCUUCAGGGUCGGGGGUCGGCGCUAUAGAAACAGCCCAUCUGUGUCUAGUGAUGUCGACUUUGGCUACGAGACACCUGAGGACAGAUGUCAAAGGGAGGAACCAGAGUCGUGUGGAGCUGCUGACGAUAAACUGCGAGGUGUGACCGCUGAGGAGAAGCCUCCGUCUGAAGCUCCGCCCCCUUCCAGACUGUCUCUACCUUAUAAGGUCAUGAAGUCUCUCGAUGGCGACGCGUACAGGAACCUGGAGUUUGACGUGUGGCAGGACACCUGUAAAGAAAUGCAGAAGACGGACUACAUGGUGUUUGCAGGGAGGCAGUACUUCCUGGGAGACAAGUGUCAGGUGCGUCUGGAGCCAAAGGGAAAGUUCUACAACGCCUUCAUCCAGGAAGUAGGAACGCACCCGUCAGCCGUCACCGUCUUCAUUGAGGAGCUGGGAGAGAAACACCUGGUUCCUCUCACGGACCUGAAACCAGUCAACCCAGUUCCAGCCUGGAACGUCGCUGCUCCAAUCAGGAAGGGAGACCUGGACGUCGACUCUCGUGGUCAGAGGCAUCAUCACCGCCAUCGCUACUUCAGGAAGUCCCGUGGGAACAGCGGGUUGAAGGGGGCGGAGCUUCUGAUGCCGCAGACUUCCUACGGAGGCCCGACUUCCUCCGCCCUGCCCCCCCGCUUCCAGGCAGCAGGCCACCCUCGCCCUCCACCCCCUCUGUCACCAGGAACCAUGACCUAUGACCCCUACGCCCCCCCCCAUCACCACCACCCCCCUGCCAGACCUCCUCGCUACGGAGCCACCAGAAGCUCCACUCGUUUCCUGAACCGUCACCUGAUUGGUCCUCAGUUGACCUAUUACCACCCUGGAAGGAGGUAUUACCAUGACUACGAGAGCUAUGCCUUCAGGUCACGCCGUAGUCGUCGUCAGCUGGCAGCGGCCUUGAACAAAGACGGCCAGUUUGGGUUCCCAGCGGAGGUCGAGGAGGAGACGUCUGACUUGGACGCAAACAUCACCUUCUACCAGCUGGACGACGCCGACGGGGUCUUCCCCCCGCUGGCGGGUCCUGCUGUGCCCCCCCACCCCAUAGGAGCCCCGCCCCCUCCCAAUGGCUCCGCCUACAGAGUUCAGAGAGGCACGGGGCCUGCACCUCCACUUGGGAGCAGCACCAUCUGUUCAUCAGAGGAGGACCAGGAGGACGCCAGCACCGUGGAGGACCAGGCAGAGUACACAGAGGACUACAUCUACAUCACUCAGGAUCAGAACUACCGGACCUCAGGUGUUUACACUGCUGCUGAGCCCCCCACCAACAAAGAUGAAGGAGGAACUUCCGAUUCGCCACCGAGACAAGAGCUGACCUACAGCUACACACAGCAGGUAGUGAAACCAUUGGUCAUCUGCUCUUCACCCUCGUCUUCCUCCUCCUCCCCCUCUUCUCCAUCAUCACAUGUACCUGCCACUGCCCACCUGCCGGCAGCCACACAGACGCGCUCAGUUGCCAUGGGGAUUCCAGCCUCUGCUCCCUGGUUGGUUAAUGAGUUGGGUGAGCCUGUCUGCACCAUGGUAGCUCCGCCCCCUUACUCCUAUGAUCCUAACGGCAGUGAUUUACCCAGAGACUGCAGGGUGCUCCAGUAUUACUUCAACUUAGGAGUCCAGUGGUACCAUCAGAGCUAUUGGCAGCAGCAGCAGCAGCAGGCAUAUCCUGCCACCUCACCGGAGGCCUCCUACCCUUACCAGCACUACACCCCCUACCUGAACCAGGAGCCCCCCCUGCAUGCCGCCCCCCCUCUGUACCCAGAGACGACCCGAGGCCUCCAUCAGCCCACCUCCUACUACCCAGAAUCCACCAGGGCAGGAGAUGGACAGGCCGACGGACACAGCGGUGGCGAAGGCCCCUCCACUUCAACUAGCCCAGCUCCUCCUUGCUCCUCCUCCUCUGCGCUCCUGUACCAGGAUCAAACACCUCUGCCCGCUCCGUCAUUGCUGCACCUGCCCUACGAAGCACCGCCCCCCACCACCUACAUGCCCUCGGCUCCUCCCCCGCUUCCUCACCUCACCCAUCACUCCUCUUAUCAUACCUGCCUUCCUCCCUCUGCCCACUGGGGGGCACUGCAGACUGGAGGCCAUGCCACCCGGGUCUACUGCCCCACUUCUAACCCCACCCAUGUGGUCGGUUACAUCACAGCGCCGCCAACGCACUACAUCUCACCCCCCAUCUAACACACGACAUUCCUCACUCAAUAGCUUGUGGCUAACAAGCCCCUUGUGUUAAAUGAAAAGGGCUCGAUGCUAAUGUCAAAGUAAAACAUGAGAAUAACAACCAAAGAGACCAAAACCAAGUCAACAUUUUAAUGUUGAAAGAUGUUAUGAAAACACGUACGGUAAGUUUGUCAGUGUCAAAUGUUAAAUUCCCACGUUAAAGGUUAGUUUUGAGUUUGUCACGUUUUUGGGACUAAGCAGAUCGGGAGCAUUCAAACUUUCCCUGUUUAUUGAGGGAUCUAUUUGUGUUGGGUCUGUUCAAAGUGGUUUUCUUAUUUCUGGGUGAAUAAAGUUUGUUUCACCAGCAGUUAAUGCUGCUUUUGUUGGGUCACAUGACUGCAGGCUUCACCCAG